UAAUGUGUUUUGAAAACACGCUGCCUGCGGAAAACGUGCUCCAUUCUUCGAACGGGAGAGCAGAUUCCGAGCUCCAGAAUUAUUUUAAUUAAGUUCAAUUUGCCACUAAACUAUGAAGAUCAAGGCGGCUAAAAACCUAACCAAUGGUGUGGCGGGCAAGACAAAGGACAAGGCGGAGCGGAAAAGACCAAAAACAGUCAAGUCCGAAGACGAUGGAGGCGAAGCUGAGCACCCGGCAAAGAUAGCCAAGUUGUCCAAGGAACAGAAGAAGAAGAAGACGGAGGAGCCCGAGGUGGAGAAAGAGAACAACACGCCAAACAAUGGCCUCAAGUUGUCCGAUAUUAACAAAGCGGUGUUUCCAGUGUUCAAGCGGCUUCAAAACAGCACCCUAUCCCAAAAGACGAUAAAUUCGUUGGUGGUUCUGCUCCGGGAUGACACCAAUGAUCAACAACGCACGGCCACCUGUUGUUAUGUUCUGAAGCGCUUGAUCCGUUCCACGGGAGCCGAUGAUCUGGAGGCAGUAGCCUUAGCUUCCAGCUACAUCCUUUGCAUCCUUAGCGCCGUGCCGGGCCUUGAUGCAAUGGAGGUGCUCAAUAUUCUGAAGAGGGAUCUCGCCGUUGGAAGCCAGCAAAAGGGCAAGGAGGACUCUCUAGCCGCUGUGGGUCAGUUGGUUACUGCCGUGUGUAUCCUGCAGACGCCGCAGUUUGCCGAGGCUUCGCCUAAGCUGGUGACAGCGGUCUACCAAAUCCUGGCGGCUCAUCUCAAAGGCCGCGAGUAUUUGGUCUCCAUGUGCGUUGACAUUCUGGUUGAGUCCUUUAAGAAAUUGCCCGUUGACACCUUUGAGGAGUACGUGUGGCCGCUCUUGAAGCCGCAACUGGACAAGCCUCUGAGCAGCGGCCUCAAAUUAAACACAUGUGACCUUCUGUUGACCGUGCAUUUAACCUAUCCCUCGAUUUUGGGACGCGACGAACUGCUGGCCAGUCUAUGGCCCAAGAAACCACAGUUUGGACAGCUCUUCGAGCUUUAUCUCGCGGGCUCGACCAUCCACAACGAUGGUGUCUAUGCAAGAUUGGCAAAAUUUCUGGCAGCCGGCGGCAAGGAGAUGCUCUCCGCGUGGCAACAGUUUGCUGACUCCAAACAGCCGCUGAAGCUGAAUGCAGCUAAGGCAUGUGUCCUUCAAGUACUGGCCAACAUACUUCUCAGCUAUAAGGACAAGGACGAACAGCCAAUAUUGGAUCUAUUUACCCCCACCUGCCUAAAAUUCCUGCUGCAGGAACUCUCGUCCGUGAAGGCGGACAGAAGCGAGGCCCGGAAGCCAUCACAAAAGGAACUGCGUGAGAUUUGCUUCAAGUUCGAAGGAUCCCUGGUUAUCAGCUACGAAAAGCAGCUGCAGAAUGGAGACAUCAAGCUGCUGCUGCUCCUCAAGUUUCUGGAACAGAGGCUGCAGUUUGACUCUCUUAUCAGUAUGCCACGCUUCACUCAGCAGUUAAUUAAUCAAUUGGAUGCCGAGGGUCUGCAGAAGCUCUACGAUCAUUACAGCAAUCUGCUGGGCACUCUGGAGGAUGAGGACAGGGUGAGCCGUGAGCACUGCCUUAACCAGAUGCACUUCAUUCUGCAUCACACAAAACUGGACCAGGAGACGAAGUGGCGGCAGAAGCAGUUGCGUCACCUAAUGCUCGCCGGGCUGUUCCAUUUGGAUGCUAGCCACGAACCCUGUCUGCCCAGCCAGGCCAGCUCCUUUAGUCGGCAGUGCUCCGCUCGGUGUGAGGAGAUCUUCAUGGGUUCCCUGCUGCACAAAUGCUCCAGCCUAACAGCGCUGUGCCAGCUGCUGCAAAAGCAUUUGGGCUUUCUCAACAAGCAAUUGACCAAGCCGGAAACCGAGAACAAAUUGCGUUCACCACGAGAAGAGGCGCUGCAAAAGGCUUGGAAGCAGGUGGAGAAACUACUAGCAAAGCCCGCCGAGGAGGCAGACAUUGUAGGUCAAACAUUUGAGGCUCUGAUCUUGUUCGUAUCACUGGCGUUGUGCACGAAGAGUCCGCUGCCGGUAUCCAUAGUGGAGGAUCUGAUCAUCUGCCGGAAGAAUGCCCUGGAGAAGAGCAACAAGAAGAAGAAGACUCAAGAUGGUGAUGAACUCCAAUGGCAGGAUGUGUUGACAGACGUGCUGCUGCAGUUAUUGCUCCAAACAGGUCACUACUGGCGGGAGUUGGUCAAUCUCGUGGCCAUUCCGCUGAUUCCCCACUUGGAGCACGGUAAUCUAGAGCAAAUCCUGCAAGUGCUCAACAUGAACAUGAAUCCACUGAGCAAGAAGGACGAAGCCGAAGAGGACAGCGAUGAGGAAAUGGAGGAGGAACAGGAGGCAGAAGCUGACUCCAGCGAUGAAUCAGACGAGGAGGAUGAGGAAGAAGACGAGGAUGAAGAUGAGGAUGAUGAUGAUGAUGAGGAGUCCCGUUUGGACCAAAUCCGUGAACGUGUUCGCCUAGCUCUGAUCGACAAUGGCGAGGCCGAUGAGGAUGACGCCAGCAGCGUGGAUUGGAACGAUGUCAGCGAGGAAAAGGGCCAGCGCAUUAACGCAGCCUUGGAGAAUGCCUUCCAGUUGCGCCGACCAAAGUCGGCCAAGCUGCAGGCCAAGCAAUUGCCUACGAAAUCAGAACGCAUCGAUAGCACCAGCCUACUGCACUUCCGCAUUCGUGCUUUGGACCUCGUUGAGCUCUAUGCCAACGAGAAGCCAACGCAAGCUGUUAUCUUGGACGCGCUGAUCUGCGUCUUCCAGGUGUACCGCCACUCUUGCGCCGAUACCAAACUGCAGUCGCUGCGCGAAGCCAGCACAAAGUUGCUUAAGAAGCUGCUAACCAAGAACAUUGCCUUCGAACCCAAUCAGGAUAAGACUCCCAUUUUGGAGGACAUUGAACAGCUGCUGGCCAUAGGCGAGGAGGAACAGCCCGACGAAGAGAAGCAAGAGGCAUCCGGCAAGCAGCAGCCCACUCGCAAGGCCAAGGGCGAGGUCACCGUGUGGAGGAAUAAGUGCUUCGCCUACCUGGUGGUCCAGGCGUCCGGCGCCGACAAUCCCAAGGAAAGUGUUGUGUGGCCUCUGCUGGUUAAACUCUUGGAUCUGUGGGUUGCCAACCGGCGAACUACCCUCUCCCUAGUCAGCUUCGAGGCUCUCUUCCAGGCCGACAACUGGCGGGGAGUAGCUCCCCUGGCCGCUCUUCUGGCCUCCCACUUGAACGUAAAGAAGACACGCAGCUUCCGACGGGUACAAAUCCUCAACCUACUCGCCGAACAGUUCCGACGACUCGAAACCGCCUUCAAGGAUAAUAAUGCGUCUGCAAAGGAGUUUGAGAAGCAACUGGUCAGCUAUGUGACGCAAUUGGAGGAGGAGGCCGGCAGCAGUAGCCCCAAGGAGCUCAAGUUGCUGCAAAGGAUUUUGGCCCAGGGCGGCAAAAAGCGAGCACAGCUUCUGGAAAGGGUCCAAGUACUGGCCAAGAAGCCGCAGUAAAAGAUGUCUAGCUGGAAAAAUGUGGAUUCAAGUUUUUAAAAAUAGAGUUUUUGUACAUGAAAAACAUUGAAAAUGUAAAUUGUUUUCCAGCACAAUAACAAAACUAUGAAUGGUAAUAGCCAUCAGAUAAUGAUGCUUUUAAGAGUAAUCUUAGGUUCUUUGUUCAUAGAAAUAAAAUAUAUAAAUAAUUAUUUUUAAAUACUAAAUUAGUAUUGCAGCCAAUAAAUAAUUCACCCGAAUAAAAGAAUGUUAAUUAUUUUAGUUGUUCUUACCCUAAUCAUACCCUUCAAUAAAUUCGAAAACGGGUAACAAACAUAC